GGUGAGGCGGGCACUUGUUUUGUUCACAUCGCAACUGUAAAGACGUAUACCAAAAUGGCUGAGAAGGACACCAAGAAGGCUCCUAAGAAGAAACCAGCGACCCAUCCGCCUGCUGCUGAGAUGGUUAUGACAGCAAUUACCGAACUGAAGGAGAAGAAUGGAUCUUCGCUGCAGGCAAUCAAGAAGUACAUCGAGCAGAACUUCGAUGUCCAGAUGGACCGACAGCUCAUAUUCAUCAAGAAGGCUCUGAGGGCUGGUGUGGAGAAGGGCAAACUUACGCAGACGAAGGGGAAAGGUGCUUCGGGGUCAUUCAAGUUGAAUGUGCAAGCAGCCAAGGCACAGGCAGCGGAGAAAGCCAAGAAGGAAAAGGAGAGGGCCAAGAAGGAGAAAGAGAAGGAGAAGGCCAAGGCGAAAGCUGCAGCCCAGAAGGAGAAAAAGCAGAAGGCAGCCGCCGCUAAGAAGGCAAAAGCAGCACCCAAGAAAGUGAAGAAGUCAGUAAAGAAGACUACUGAGAAGAAAGAGAAGAAAAAGACGCCGAAGAAGAAAGUCCCUGCCAAGAAAUCGACACCCAAGAAGGCGACCAAGAAGGCGGUAGCCAAGAAGCCAAAGGCUUCGAACCCCAAGAAACCCGCGGCAAAGAAGGUGACAAAGAAAUCCAAGUGAUUUCUGGAUAGCCACUUUCCAGUGCCAACCAAACGGCUCUUUUCAGAGCCACCA